AUGUCAUCGCGUGCCAAAAAGCCCACAAAAGAAGAAAAAAUCGCUCGAAAAAAGCAACUUGCCGAAGAAAAACGCCUAAAAAAAUUAGAAACUGAAAAGCAACAACUUCGCGAUGAACUUCAACGCGAAAAAACCUUCACUCAAAACUCUCGUCGCAUCCUCGACGAUCACUGGGAAAGCAUUUGCGGCGAAAUAACUCAAAAGGAUCUUCUUGAAAGCCUGAAUUGCCAUCGAACGAACAUCGAAAAGCAGUUAGAUGUCAAAGACGGAACCAUUGAAAAACUGAAAAGAUGGAGAGAAGAAGCUGGAAUUCAACACAAGAGACUUUUUGAAGGACAUUUGAAGGUCAUUGAGUAUUUGAUGAGAAUCCAAAAGUACUUCACAGACUGCAUGAAAAGCAAUUAUGAGGACACGAUAAAGGAACUUUUGAUGGAAUUCACUGAAGAUACUGAGAAAAAAGCCGAAAUUCUCAAAGAAAAAGAGGAUUUUUACGAAAACCGUCAACACGCGAUGAAUCUUUUGCUUGCCUCAAAGUACAAACAUGAAAAAAUUCAACACGACAAUAAGAAAUUAGAAAUUCAGUUUGAAGCGAUUGACACGCGAAACAAGCACCAAAUUUGGAUAAACUCUCAAUUAAAAGCUCUUCAAAAUCAAAUCCGUGAAAUUUACGAAAUUUUUCACCGUACUUCAGCUCAUCCGAAACGCAUGAAAGUCUAUGAAAAACUUCAAAAAGGGGAUUUAAGUGCCAUGAACGACCUAAAUCGCUUGAAAAUCGAACGAGAAAAGUGUGAACAAGAAAUUUCGAAGCUAAAUCAGGAACUUUUAGACAUCGAAACGGGUGAAGGACAAAAAUUGAUCGCUUUGAGACACGAAAGAAAAAUUUUGGAACGAAUUUAUUGGGAUUUGAAAGAAAGGGCACGUCCCAUCAGUCGCAAAAUUAGUUAUGAGGUAACUAAUGUCAUUUUCAAGCGGAAUUUCAACGUAAAACUAAGUGACAUAACUUUGGAUGAUAUUUUUGUCAUGAACUCGUAA